CGAGCUUUUGGUCGCCUGGCAACCGCCGCUGGCUUUGGAGGAGCCUGGCACAAAGACACUGACCAAACCAGUUACAGACCCGACUGGACCGAGCGGUUUUAGAAAGUGGAAGUAAUACCUAAGCCUGCUUCUGGACAUGCCGACAGAGUGCAGUCUUCGCUGAGAGUUUGUCUUAUGCAGAAACCAUGGUUCGACUGACGGUGGAUUUAAUUGCCAAAAACAGCAAUCUUAAACCCAGAAAAGAAGAAACCCUUGCACAAUGCCUGAAGAAAAUAACACACAUAAAUUUUUCAGACAGAAAUAUAGAUUCGAUUGAUGACCUCUCUCUUUGCAAAAACCUGAGUGUUUUAUAUUUAUACGAUAAUCGCAUUAGUCAAGUCACUAACCUGAAUUACACCACAAAUCUGACCCACUUGUACCUACAGAACAAUUGCAUUUCCUGCAUUGAAAACCUCAGUUCACUAAAGAAAUUGGAAAAACUGUAUCUGGGAGGCAAUUACAUUGCAGUCAUAGAAGGCUUGGAAGGAUUAGAAGAGCUGAGAGAGCUUCAUGUUGAAAGCCAGAGACUCCCUCUGGGAGAAAAGCUUCUGUUUGACCCAAGGACCCUUCGCUCUCUAGCAAAAUCCCUCUCUACUUUGAAUAUCAGCAACAAUAACAUUGACGACAUAAAAGAUUUAGAGAUGCUGGAGAAUCUGAGUCACCUGAUUGCAGUUGACAACCAGCUGAUGCACGUGAAGGACUUGGAGUUUUUACUGAAGAAACUGAUGAAGCUGUGGAAAAUGGAUCUAAAUGGAAAUCCUGUCUGUCUUAAACCAAAAUACAGGGACAAACUGAUACUGAUGUCCAAGUCACUGGAAUUUCUUGAUGGAAAAGAAAUAAAAGAUCUGGAAAGGCAAUUCCUAAUGAAUUGGAAAGCAUCCAAAGAUGCCAAGAAAAUGAGCAAGAAAAGGAGGAGCAGGAGUGAGGAUGCAAGCAGCUCCUACAUCAGUAACUUUGAAACAAUACAUCACAUAGUUCCUGUUUAUUACCCACAGGUGGGUAAGCCAAAAGUAGUCUUUUUCUCUGAUGUACAGAGAUAUCGUGUACAUGGAAAUGUAUCUUCAAAAUGUUCCCAAGAAGAUAAAACUACAAUUACUGAAGACAUAGGGAAUCUGUCCUUGAAGGAAUCUGAAAGCUUGCUAACAAAAAACGAUAUCCAUGAACUUCAUCUUCUCCAAAACCCAAAAGUAAAGGAAAAUUUGUCUGAGAAAAAGGAGUAAAUUCAGCCUCGAGUGAUUUGAUUUCUUCAUAGAACUAGGCAACAGCAUGUUUUGAGGGUUUGUAGACUUCAUUUAUCUCGAUGUGUAAGUUGUUUGAUUUGUUUCUUUAUAGAAUCUGAGACUUUGCUUUACGUGUGUG